GUGCAAAAGGAUUUAUCGUACCAAGAUAUGAGGACGGUAACUUUUAUACUGACAUAGACGUUUUAAGAGAACAAGGCGGUGAAUACGUAUUCUAUGAAGCUUCAUCAUGGGAAUAUAGUUUGGAUAUACCGUUUGAUGUAAAACAAUUAAUUAAAUUAUCCGGUGGUCCAAAAAAAUUUGAAAAACGUAUCGAUAAAACAUUUGCUGAUAAAACUUAUCAAAGUGGUUAUUAUAAUAUAGGAAAUGAACCUGAUUUCUUUCACAUAUGCUUAUAUCAUUUUAUUGGAAAGCAAUAUAAAAGUGUUGAGGUUAUAAGAGAUAUUUUGAAAACUAAAUUUGGAAGUGGGCCGGAUGGAAUUCCAG